AUGACAGAACAAAACCAGCUAAAGAAGCAAAAGACCACUGACCAGCCUCCAAGACCUCAGAAUGUCGGUAUCAAGGCCAUUGAGGUGUACAUUCCCUCGCAAUGCGUGAACCAGCAGGGUUUAGAGAAGUUUGACGGCGUCUCCCAAGGCAAAUACACCAUUGGGCUUGGUCAGACCAACAUGUCGUUUGUCAACGACAGAGAGGAUAUCUACUCGAUGAGCUUGACAGUGCUAUCAAGACUGUUAAAAAAUUACAACGUGGACACCAACUCUAUCGGUAGACUCGAAGUUGGUACCGAAACUUUGCUAGAUAAGUCGAAAUCCGUCAAGUCCGUUUUGAUGCAGCUUUUCGGUGAAAAUACCGAUCUGGAGGGUAUUGAUACGGUCAACGCAUGCUACGGUGGUACCAGCGCGCUUUUCAACAGUUUGUCGUGGAUCGAAUCGUCCUCCUGGGACGGUCGUGACGCCGUUGUGGUGUGCGGUGAUAUCGCUAUCUACGACAAGGGAGCUGCAAGACCUACUGGUGGAGCCGGAACUGUAGCGCUACUGAUCGGGCCCGAUGCUCCAAUCGUGUUUGACUCCGCUAGAGGUACACACAUGGAACAUGCCUACGACUUCUACAAGCCAGAUUUCACGAGUGAAUACCCCUACGUUGACGGCCAUUUCUCUCUAAGAUGCUACGUGAGUGCGCUUGACAAGAGUUACAAGUUUUACUCCCAAAAGGCCAUCGCAAGGGGUCUUGUCGAGCAGCCAGCCGGCCAAGAUGCCGUUGGGGCCGCGAACUUCUUCGACUACAACGUUUUCCACGUUCCUACUUGCAAGUUGGUCGCCAAGUCGUACGCCAGAUUGCUCUACAACGAUUUCAGAGCCAACCCUUCUUUGUAUCCUGAGGUGGAUGCUUCUCUUGCUUCUCUCGACUACGCUACAAGCUUGACCGACAAAAACCUCGAAAAAACAUUUGUGGGUCUCGCCAAGACUUUGCAUAAGGAAAAAGUUGCGCCUUCUUUGAUCGUGCCAACCAACACCGGUAACAUGUACACUGGCUCCUUGUACGCAGCCCUUGCAUCCUUGCUCUUUUACGUCGGCUCUGAUGCUCUACAAAACAAGCGUAUUGGUCUCUACUCGUACGGUUCAGGGCUCGCUUCCUCAAUUUUCUCGUGCCGUGUCGUUGGCGACAUCAAAUACAUCACCGAUGUUUUGAGCUUGGACAAAAAGUUGCAAUCGAGAGUCACGGAGUCCCCAGAGGGUUACGAAAAAGCCAUUCACCUUAGAGAGGGCGCUCAUCUCCAAAAAGAUUUCGAACCAAAGGGUCCUAUCGACCAUUUGCAAUCUGGAGUUUACUAUUUGACCAAAGUGGACGACAAAUUCAGAAGAGAAUACGCUGUGACACCAUGA